AUGUCAUCAACUAAUCCUCCAUACGAUGCGCAGGCCUCCACAAACUACAGAGAAGCAUUUCAACUCUUCGAUAAACGCGGUACUCAACGUGUGCAAUUGGAUCAACUUGGAGAUUUGUUGAGAGCGUGCGGUCAGAAUCCUACUUUGAAUGAGAUUAGAGAGUUGGAGAAGAAUGUUGGUGGUGAAUUCGAUUUCGAAACCUUCUCCAAGAUUCUCAACCGACCAGGUGGAUUCCGCGACCCAGGUGAACCAGAGGAAUACUGUCGUGGUUUCCAGGUAUUCGAUAAGGAUAUGACUGGAUUUAUCGGAGUUGGACAAUUAAGAUACAUUUUGACGAAUUUGGGAGAGAAAAUGAGUGAUGAGGAGGUGGAUGAAUUGUUGAAGGCGGUUGAUACCAGUAGUGGGGAGAUUAACUAUACUGAUCUCGUACGAACCAUCCUCGCAAACUAG